AUAUAUUCAGUAAACAUUUUCCAGUCUUCUCUAAACGCAUGUUCUUGUUCUCUUAUUCUAUAUGUUAGGUCCGCAAGCUGCACAUAUUCCAUCAAUUGAAGUUGCCAAUCUUCUUUAGUUGGGACUUCUCUCAGCUUCCAUUUUGGGGCUAACAAAACAUGGGCCACAGUAGCAGCAUACAUAAACAACCUUUUUUGACACCUGGGGAUUACCAUCUGAACUAUCCCCAACAAAAAGGACUCUGUUUUGGUUUUUUUGAAAAAGUACUUUUAAACAUUCUUUUUCCAAUUCAUUAUGGAUUAUUUCCCAAUACUCUUUUACAGAUCCAAAUAGCACCCCCUCUUGGGCUAUUGCACAGCUCAAGAUUAAUUUAUUUUUUAAAGGUGCAGAGCAUCAGAAAUAGCUGUGCACCUGCCCAGGGGGUGGGGAAAGUCGUGGAGGACUGAGAGAGAAGUAAAUGAGGGGAGAGAGAGAAAAAGGCACAUAGUCUGGAGACUUUCUGUCAAAAACAGCCUUCUGGGGUGGAAGGCCAAAGUGCAGAAUAGCGCGCAGUAUCCAUGCCUGGGAGAAAAAAAUGAUGACAAAGUGGUGGCUGAUGGGUCAUUUGCAGCCAAAAAAAUGGCAGUGAUAACCUGCUUAUAUAACCGUGUACAGUGGUCCCUUGGUUCUCAAACUUAAUCCGUUCCGGAAGUCCGUUCCAAAACCAAAGCGUUCCAAAACCAAGGUGCAUUUUCCCAUAGAAAGUAAUGCAAAAUGGAUUAAUCCGUUCCAGACUUUUAAAAACAACCCCUAAAACAGCAGUUUAACAUGAAUUUUACUAUCUAACGAGACCACUGAUCCGUAAAUGAAAGCAAUAAACAAUGUACUGCAGUCACACAAUCAAUCAGUCGGUAGCUGAACUGGGUUCCACACAAUCACAAAAAAGCCACAAAAAACGCAAAAUAAAUAGCAAAAACUGACAGACCUCUGCAUAACACUCAAAACGGAAGUGUGGCACUCAAAUCAUCAGUGUAAGACUCAAAACGAAGCACAUUCAGCUUCCGGAAAAAGUUCGCAAACCAGAACACUUACUUCCGGGUUUUCAGUGUUUGGGUUCCAAGUUGUUUGAGUUCCAAGGCGUUUGAGAACCAAGGUACCACUGUACUUAAUUUGAUGGGGAUGAUUAACUUAUUAAUCGUCUUCUACGUGGCCAUCUCAAGCUGAAGUGCACUAAAAAGAGCUAGGAAAAAUCCCCCACCCCAGUUAAAACACACACAAAACUACAGAUACCUUUAUUUUAUUUUAUUUUUAAAUGAUAUUUAUUGAAAAAAAGUUUUUUUUUAAAGUUACAAAAGAAAAACAAAGUAGAAAAAGAGAAAAACAAACCACUUCCAACCAUACAUAUACAAAUUCAAAAUAAGAAAACAAAAAACAAAAAUACACCACAAAGAUUUAAAAACAUUUAAAAACAAAUCCAUUAUUCUCAACUCCUCAACUAUCAUUACCCUCUUUCCUUGACCUCCUCCUCCUCCCCUUCCUUGUAUCCUGUUUGUUAAUUGUCACAGCAAAUCCUUUCCAUAUUUCAUAAUAUUCUGUCAUUACAUUACCUUAAACUAUUUUAAUCUUAUCUUACUAUAAAAAAACCUUGAGACUUAAAACUUAAAUCUUAUUUUUAUCAACUUCUCAUAACCAUAAUAUUCUUGCAUAAUUCUUUAAACAUUUUUACUAAAGCCAAGUAAUUUCAUUCCAACAUUUUUCUAACAUUCAUCAAUUUUAUAAAACAGUCCUAGUAGUGAAAAAAAGAAAUAAAAACAAAUCCAAUCUUCAUCCAGCGUCCCUUCCUCCUGGUCCCGGGUUUUGUCAGUCCUUAUUAUCCCAUCAAUCUGGCGCAUUAACCUGGUAAUCUUAUAUCCGAGGCCCUUAAGUCCCUUCCAUGUCCCUUCCGCGGCUCUUCUUCAUAUUUAUAGCUGUAUUUUCCUUUGUCUCCUGCUCCUUUCACUCGUGGGAACUCCAACUUAGCAAUAUUUUUAACCCUUCUCGACAGAUCAGCCCCUUUUCCAUAAUCGACACUAAAUUCCAUGUGGUAUUUAAAAACAUGUUUCAGAAUCCCUCCAAAAUUAAGAGCCCCCACAAUCCCAAACAUCUCACGGCCCAUUGCCAGACUUGAAAAGUCCAAUUUCAUAGGAGGGUCUAUCCAACCCCCCAUUUCCAAACCAAACCAAACUUUUUCUUUCCAAAUCUGGCUUUUUCCAAGUUCAUUUGUCAAAUCCGAAGCUCAUAUUCCUGUAGGGCCUGUUCUGUCAAGACACACUCUUGAUUUAAUUCCUGGGUGGGCUCCACAUAUUUUCCCACUGCCUGUUCAAAAUUUCCCACUGCCUGUUCAAAAUUUCUAAUCGAAUCAGCCAUCAAAUUCGUCUUCUCAUGUAACUGUUCCAGUAGGGCAUUUGUUUUAUAGAAAGCACACAACAGAGCUUCUGAAUACAUUGUCCUGAAGGUCACAUGUCUAUUCCCACAAUUGUAAUCUGUCACAGGUGCCAGCUCCCAGGAGUUGAUUACAGUUUCACAGUCUCCCUCUAGGGGGAAAACUUCUGUUUAAUCUUUCUUUUAAAGACAAGUCUAGCAACAGAGUUUCCUUUUUUCAGAUAUUUUGUCAAUAUUUGUUCCUUUAAGGUGCGAAAGGAAACAAUGGAAUCACUAUGUUCCUCUUCUUUUAGCUAUCUGUCAAAAGUGCUUGUUUCUGGUCAAUGAGCUUCAAACGUCAGUCCUGACACCCCGCUCCAGGAUCAGGACGGUGGAAAGUUACUUUACUUUAAACUCACUUCUGCAGGUUUAAACAGUCCAGAAAAGAUCCCCCUUCUUCUCCUGCUGCCGAAGGGGGGUUCAACAAUUUUAAAUGAUGAAAGCCAAUCCUUUAGAGGCGAUUUUCUGAGCUCUAGUUUACGUUGUCUUUGCUUUAUUCUGUCUACAAAGAAACGGAAGGCUGACCUUCCCGUUUCAGUACCAAAUUGAAGUAAAAUUUUUAAGUCCAAUUCCUUUCUGCUCGCAAGUCCUUAUUUAAAGUCCAAUUGUUCAAAGUUUAAGUACUCACGGGUGCUUAUUUUAGAAGCCAAUUUGUCCCAGGAAAAAGGCAGCGCUCUCCGGCAACAGCUGUGCGGCUUCGCUCCACGGAAAUAGCAGUUGACUCACAGCACCGCGCCACUUCCCCCUCUUCGCUUCGGAGCCCGUUAGUGGGUUCCUUUGCAGGUUGGGGGGGCGCUAAGGGUGCCCGCCAAGUCCCAUGGUCACAGGCUUCAUCCGCCUGUGAUUUUUAGAAGGGUCCCCGCUUCGCCGUAGCGGAGAAGACCCGUUUCGCACGGAGCUAGUCCCUCCAAUUCAGAGGGAGUCCGCCAUUGCCGAUGGCACCACCCCGGAAGUCCAAAACUACAGAUACCUUUAAAACAAGUAAGGAAAGUGCUGGGAAAAUCUACUGGAAAGUGUGGGAUAACAACUGCUUCAUAUGAUGCUGUAUAAUCUGGCUUUGAAGAAAUCAGCACGAAUGCUCAGUGAGCAUUCAAUAACCCAACCCUGUUUGUUUCUGUGCAUGGAAUUAAGAGCUGGUGCAGCUGUGUGUGUGUGUGUGUGUGUGUGUGUGUGUGUGUGUGUGUGUAAUGAUGAUGAUGAUGAUAAUAAUAAUAAUAAUAAUAUAAAUAAUAAAUUUUAUUUAUACCCUGCCCUCCCCAGCCAGAGCCGGGCUCAGGGCGGCUAACACCAAUAAAAUAAAAUCACAGUAAAAACAUAAUAGGGGGGAAAGAGAGGAAGAAAAAAAAACCCCAAUUUAAAAUACAGGUUAAAAUGCAAUUUAAAAUGCAGCCUCAUUUUAAAAUAGCUGAUAAAUCAAGACCAUAAGGGAAGGGAAACAUAAGGGUCAGACCGAGUCCAAACCAAAGGCCAGGAGGAACAGCUCUGUCUUGCAGGCCCUGUGGAAAGAUGUCAAGUCCCGCAGGGCCCUAGUCUCUUGGGACAGAGCGUUCCACCACGUUGGGGCCAGUUCUGAAAAGGCCCUGGCCCUACUUGAGACCAAUCUAACCUCCUUGAGGCUCGGGACCUCCAAAGUGUUGUUAUUUGUGGACCUUAAGGUCCUCCGCGGGGCAUACCAGGAGAGGCAGUCCUGUAGGUACGUGGGUCCUAGGCCGCAUAGGGCUUUAAAGGUCAAAACCAGCACCUUAAACCUGACCCUGUACUCCACCAGGAGCCAGUGCAGUUGGUAAAGCACUGGAUGAAUGUGAUCCCGCGGCAAGGACCCCGUAAGGAGCCUCACUGUGGCAUUCUGCACCCGCUGGAGUUUCUGGGUCAGUCUCAAGGGCAGCCCCGCGUAGAGCAAGUUACAAUAAUCAAGUCUGGAGGUGAGCGUCACAUGCAUCACUGUGGCCAGACUGAAAUGGGUGUGUGUGUCAACUUGUCCACCUUGGGCAGCAAAAUGCCUCUGCCUGACACCGUUCCUGCUAGGCGUCUCGGCUGCCAGCCCCAUCCCAACGCAGACUCCAGCCUUGUUGAGAUCCAUCUAUUCAGUCCCAUUAGCGGAUUGGCAUUUAAACAGGCACGGACAUGCUUUGGGUUGUGUAUACACUGCCUCUCAACAAACACACACAACGGAAUUUGCCCUGACCUCUUCCCCCGAGAGGAGGGCUUGUGUGUUUUCUCCCACCCACCCACCCCCCUUCGCCUUUGCUUUCGCCCCCAUAUCAUUGCCAAGAAGUGAAUUAGAAGCAAUCCAGCGCUGCUUUUGUUUGAAGACGAGAUAAUACCAUCAGUUCACACUGAGCUAAGGUGUGGCUUAGCUCUGGGCUUAAAGAGAUGUGGGGUUGAGGAGGCCCUGAACUCUCUACACCCAGGACCUCGCUGUGAAUCUUGAAGUCCUAUGGGGCAGAUGUGCCCCUCUGAUCAUCCCUGUCUGGCCCUCUCCAAGUCAUGCCCCUCAAGGGCCUUUCUUGGUACCCAGAGUGUUUUGGGGGUGGCUGGAAUCACUGGAUUAGAGAAUCAGAGAACUGUAAAGCUGGAGGUGGCCCCAAAGGUCAUUCCACCCCGUACAACGCAGGAAUCGUAGCUGAAGAUUUGCUGACAGACGGGCACCCAACUGAGCUCUAAAAAACCCCGAGUGAAGGAUAGUCCAGAGGGCACCAGUUUGGGAACGGUGGCAAGAAGGUUGGACAAGGUGUUUUCUUUACUGAGGAGAUUCUCCCGGUUUCCCAAUUCCCUUCAGCUCGGGCUUACCUGCCAGGUGAUGCUGCGAUAAGGUUUCCGCCCACACGGGAGAGAGUCGGUAAUACAGAUUAUCCUACUAUCAAGAGAGAUUAAACCGCCACUACAGAAGCUUACACCCAGGCAGAAAACAUCGAAACUUCCAUUUUCAGAUUUACUGUUACUACUGGGUUUUGCAAUGUGUACACACACACACACACACACACACACACACACACACACAGAGCUAAUCCAUGCUCAGAGACUUGGUUGUUUGCACGACCCCCUGGGAAUCCGUCACGUAGGGAGCAUGAGACAUUUUUUAGGGGGGUGAUGGGGACACGGCGUGUGUGUGUGUGCCAUCCCUGAGAUCAGCAAAGUACCGGUGGGGGCACCGCCACCCUCCCCCAGGCUUAGCUGCUGUUUAUUGGCUUAUAACUGAAAACUUGGCUCUUGUUUUCCUCCUCCCUCCUGAUCCAUUUUCCUUUCAUGCCGUAUCUUUUAAGAUUGUAAACAUGAAAGAAGAGAACAGUCUUUAAAAGAAAGAAAGAAAAAGUGAUCUGUAAGCUUUUCCCUGUCUGUGUGAAUGCGUGUGUCCUUUUUCUUUUUGGCUGAAGAGCGGGAUAGAAAUAAUCAAUGGAUAAAUAUUUACAGGAGAAGCCAGGCUGGUUCACAUCGGUUUUAGGGCGCGGUGGGGAGAACAGAAGAGGCUUGACGGAGAGAUUUCAGAGGCCAGGUGUCACGGCAAACGCUGUUUGUUCUCUCAACAUUAUCCUGUGUCUAUAGAGCUGCCCUAAUACCUCUGCUAGCUCUGAAGAUAAAAAGAGCCUUGCAAGAUUAGGUCAAGGAUCCAUGCCGCAGAGCAUCCUGUUUCACACAGUAGCUACCCAGAGGAUCCUUUCAAGAAAUCCACACGUUUCUCCUGCCACUGCUUCUCACCAGGAGAGUCCAUUUCACACCCCAGAACUAGGAGCCAACAAGACACACCCUCUCCUCCAUGGAUCAGGGCCGAUCAGGCUUGGAGGAAGAUGGGGAGUCACCUAAUGUUGGGUCAGGGACCUUCCAUGGUUUCUGAAAGGGGGUCUCUCCCUUUCCUGCCUGAUGGCACCUCUUGCGCUCCACCAAUGAUUUUUAGAUUAGAAUUGUGUAGAGAUUUUCAAAAGGGAUACACGACAAAUCUGAAGAAUCAUGAAUUGUGCAGGCUGUUUAUGUUAGCCAGAUUUAAUAUGUUUCCCUCGAUGAUAGUAAGAGGAAGAUAUUUAGCUCUCCCAGAAGCAGAGCAUCUCUGCAAAUGUAGUAAACAGGAACCUGAUACUUUGGAGCACAUUUUCUUUUCUGGUGAUUUUGGCAUUUAUGCCAAAAGAUAAUGAUUAGAGGCCUUACAACUUAACAUACUCAAUUCUAUGCCACCAGCGGUUCAGGAUCUGCUCUCGGACAGGAAUGAUCAAAUUACUUUAAUAGUGGCUGAAUUUUUGAGUGCUGUCCAUGUAGAAAGACUGGGCCAUUAUAAAGAGAUUUAGUGGUUCUUAAUUGAUCAGUGAUGUGGUAGUGUGAUAUUGUAUUAUUUAUGCAAAUUGAUUUUCUCUGGAGUUAAAGAUCUGACUGGGACAAACCUUGUUAUGCUGAGCUCGUAUUUUGCACAAUUUGUAUACAGUGUUUGUUUCAUAAUGUGUGGUUUGCUAUGCCUAAUAAAGGAUUGACUUUUAUAAAACUUUAUUCGCAUUAGCCAAUGGCCAUAGCAACAGUAAAACAUUACAGCAUACGCAGAAAAGGAAAUUUGAUAUAAGAGCACAAUUUAAAGUCCUGAAUCAGCAAUCAGUCAGUGGCCCUUAUUCUGAUCGCCCCUGCUAUGAACCUAGCAACCUUUGCCGUUAUCUGCUCAUUUUGAUCUGAUAGGAGAAAGGACAUUGUGGCAGUGGUUGAGCGCCCUGAGAUGGUUAGUACGAGUGGGGUGGACAGGAGGACGUGUGCCGCUGUUUCGGUGCUACCAUCUCCACAGGGGCAAAGACGUUUCUCAGGUGGGAUCUUUUGGAAUCGACCCUCAAGUACCGCAGAUGGCAAAACAUCCAGUCUUGCAAGUGUAAAAGCACGUCUGUAUUUUGGGAUAAGGGACGUGGGUGGUGCUGGGGAUUAAACCACAGAGCCUAGGACUUGCCGAUCAGAAGGUCGGCGGUUCGAUUCCCCGCGACGGGGUGAGCUCCCGUUGCUGGUCCCUGCUCCUGCCAACCUAGCAGUUCAAAAGCACAUCAAAGUGCAAGUAGAUAAAUAGGUACCACUCCAGCGGGAAGGUAAAUGGCGUUUCCGUGCGCUGCUCUGGUUCGCCACAUGACCUGGAAGCUGUACGCCGGCUCCCCCGGCCAAUAAAGUGAGAUGAGUGCCACAACGCCAGAGUCGGUCACGACUGGACCUAAUGGUCAGGGGUCCCUUUACCUUUACUAUUUUGGGAUAAUAGGUUUGUGCAGAUAUGGGGCCAGAGAAUCAAAAUGGAGAGGUGGAAAAUGAACGUACCAAGGGCUGAAUUUCCUUAUAGUGGCCAGGUUGUUCUGAUGCUCGAUAUCUUUUAGAUGUUGACCAACUCGACUGUUUGCUUUAGUGGGUAGAUGUAGAUGUUGUGGGGAUAGGCCACUAGUGAAGUUUUUGAUAGACUGUUUUAAGCCAGGCACUUUUAUGGGAGUCUUGAAGUACUAGGGAUAGUAAACCGGGGGAAUUUGAGUUUAGGCGGAGCCAGAAGUUAAGAGUUCUUUGCCAAGUCCGUACUUCUACUGAAGGGAGACUUGCCUCCAGUCUCAAUGAUGCGUUUGGGACGCAUGGCGGUGCAGAAAAAAAUCUGCCUUAGAAACUUUGAUUGAACAGCUUCCAAAGUGCUAUGGGCUCCACCAAUGAACUACAGCCUGCUCCUUAAGGAUCAUGGAAUCGCAGAAUUGGGAGGGGCCACCAAAGGUCAUCCAUUCCAACCCCCUGCAAUGCUGGAAUCUCAACGAAAGCAUCCGAGACAGGUGGCCACCCAACCUCUCUGCUUAAAAAGUGGGUACUGGGGGUGUGGGUGUGUGUGAGGGAGUCUCCACCCAAAGGUGUGGUCAACAAGAAGAGCUUGUGGUGCAGGCUACCCUUCAAUAUGCAGGGCAGGUGAUGGUGCUUCCUCCCCUCUUCCAUCUACAGAACAAUACCAAUGCCUAACCGCCAAUAGCCAGAAAGUUGUGACGAUUUCCUACGAGGUAGGCGAAAACCAAGGGCUGGUGCCAAUUUGCCAAGUGGAAAAAUUCCUACCAGGCCCCUCAACGGUGACCAACCAAGGUCCAUAGCAAGGUCAAGGAAUGAAAAUAUUAUAGGAUGGGAGGGUAGGAAAAACAGGAACAGCUGGUCGGCGGGAAAAGAGGGAGAUCCCUGGCCGCACCUGCGUUAAGUAGGGUAGGCCACGCCCCCAGAGCCAGCCAAUUGGCUGGCCAGGGGGUGACUUGGUCAGGGAUUCCCCCCCAUGAAUCCUCCAGAAGGUGUAAAGGUAAAGGUACUCCUGACUGUUAGGUCCAGUCGUGGACGACUCUGGGGUUGUGGCGCUCAUCUCGCUUUAUUGGCUGAGGGAGCCGGCGUUUGUCCGUAGACAGCUUCCGGGUCAUGUGGCCAGCAUGACUAAGUCACUUCUGGAGAACCAGAGCAGUGCACGGAAACGCCGUUUACCUUCCUGCUGGAGCAGUGCCUAUUUAUCUACUUGCACUUUGACGUGCUUUCGAACUGCUAGGUUGGCAGGAGCAGGGACCGAGCAACGGGAGCUCACCCCGUCGCGGGGAUUCGAACCGCCGACCUUCUGAUCUGCAAGUCCUAGGCUCUGUGGUUUAACCCACAGCACCACCCGCAUCCCUUUGGUAGGGUGUCCCUAUUUUCACUGGAUAAAUUUUAGAGGGUAUGGAAUAGGGAGUCCCCAUUUCUAUUGGAGAAAUGCUGGAGGGGGGGGGAAAUCUCUAUUUUCAUCGGAGAAAUGUCGGAGGGUAUGGUCCACAGCUGGGGGGCUGGGAAGGAGAGCUUUCAUCCUGUAGUGCCACAGGUUUGUCAUCCCUAGAGAGAAAGAUGGUGAUUAUUCAAGAAUACAAACACUGUCGCACAGAGAAACCAGCAGGGCAGAGAGAGAGACAGAGAGAGAGAGAGAGAGAGAGAGAGAGAGAAAGAAAGAAAGAGAGAGAGACUCUUCCUGGUUCUGUGCUGCUUAACUCCUAAAUAGGUCACAAAGUCAGGGCAGGCAAAGCAUCACCUGAUUUGGGCACAGGGAAGGUGUGGCUCUGUCUCUACCACCCCCUCAGCCCAGAAGGAUUAGAUUCCUGCAUUUAGGGGUGGGAUAUUUAAAUAGGAUUUAUAGCGUGAUUCACUUGUGGCAGAUCAGUUGCUGUUGCGCUGUGACCCUUUAUCUUUCGACCCUGGAUAUGUGUCACUGCAUGCAUCAGGGAAGAAGUGUGCAUUUUGGGUCUUGGUUUUUGUUUCCCUUAAAAAAAAAAUUAGUUUGUCACAAUUUUAACUUUAACCAUUUCAAACAUUACAUUAAAACGUUCUUUUUUUAAAAAAAUGUCAUAACAUUUUUAUUGUAAUGAAAGAUUAGUUUUCAUCCACAUUAACAGUCUGUAGGCUUCUGAAAGUGGUAACUGGCACAUAUGUGACCAGUGUAUACAGUUUAUUAGGUGAAUCCUCAUCUUUAUUGCACUCCUUCCCUCCCUCCAGGGGUUCCAUAUUUAAGAUUAAAUUUACUGCAUCUUAUUACCAUUGUCCAGCUGUUAUAUAUCGAUAGUUACCAUAGCUGAUCCCACAUUAGAAGUGUCGUUACAUCCCUGCCAGUGAUUUUAACUGUUUAUGGUGGUCUUUUAAAUAAAUUAAAAAUUUACUCCGGUCUUUUAGAAAUCUUCCUGGUUUCGGAUCUCCCCCGUCAGUUUCGCCAUCUCCACAUAUUCCCAUCAGUUUCGUCUUCCAUUCUUCUUUGGUCGGUACUUCUCCUUUCUUCCAUCUCUGGGCAAGUAGCGUUCUCGCUGCUGUCCUUGCACACAUAAAGAAGUCUUUAUCCUCUCUUGGUACCUCUUCACCUAUUAUACCUGCAUUUGUACAUAUCCAGUGAAAGCUUGAAGGGGGAGCAAGAUCACAGGUGCGUACCCCACCCUCGGAUGCUGGUGUGCCCAUCGGCCAUGCCCCCAGUCACUGCCCACUGGGUGCCAGUGUGAAAGAGGCUCAAUGGGCAUAUGGCUUUUCCACGCAAAAAGAAAUCUCUGGGUUGGCUCCAACUGUGUUUGCCCUGUUGGAAAACUCCAUGAAGCAGGUGCCUUGUACAGUUAUAAAGGUAAAGGUAAAGGGAUCCUUGACCGUUAGGUCCAGUUGUGGCCGACUCUGGGGUUGCGGCGCUCAUCUCGCUUUACUGGCUGAGGGAGCCGGCGUACAGCUUCCGAGUCAUGUGGCCAGCAUGACUAAGCCACUUCUGGCGAACCAGAGCAGCUCACGGAAACACCGUUUACCUUCCCGCCGGAGCGGUACCUAUUUAUCUACUUGCACUUUGACAUGCUUUCGAACUACAUGAUGAUUCCCAGACCGUCCGCGGGCUGGAUUUAGAAGGCGAUUGGGCCGGAUCCAGCCCCCAGGCCUUAGUUUGCCUGUUGUUGUUGUUUAGUCAUUUAGUCGUGUUCGACUCUUCGUGACCCCAUGGACCAGAGCAUGCCAGGCACUCCUGUCUUAAGGUAAAGGUAAAGGGACCCCUGACCAUUAGGUCCAGUCGUGGCCGACUCUGGGGUUGUGGCGCUCAUCUCGCUUUACUGGCUGAGGGAUCCGGCGUACAGCUUCCAGGUCAUGUGGCCAGCAUGACUAAGCCGCUUCUGGCAAACCAGAGCAGCGCACGGAAAUGCCGUUUACCUUCCCGCCAGAGCGGUACCUAUUUAUCUACUUGCACUUUGACAUGCUUUCGAACUACUAGGUUGGCAGGAGCAGGGACCGAGCAACAGGCGCUCACCCCGUCACGGGGAUUCGAACUGCCAGCCUUCUGAUCGGCAAGUCCUAGGCUCUGUGGUUUAACCUACAGUGCCACCCACAUCCCCUGUACAGUCAUACCUCGGGAUAAAUACGCUUCAGGUUGAGCGCUUUCGGGUGCGCUCUGCAGCAACCGGGAAGUAACAGAGCUCCGUUACUUCCAGGUUUUGCCACUCACGCAUGCGCAGGCGGUCAAAAUGACAUCACACGCAUGCGCGGAAGCGGCGAAACAUGACCCGCACAUGCACAGACAUGCUGUCGCAUCUUACGUUAUGUUCAGGAUGUGAACGGGGCUCCGGAAUGGAUCCUGUUCGCAUCCCGAGGUACCAGUGUACAGUGAAUCUUGCAUAGCAAACCCUCUUUCUGCAGGGUGCUGUGUCUUUACCUUCCCCAAAGCUCUGCCAUCAUUUAUUUUACAAAUUUAUAGAAGUGUAGGAUUGGAAGGGACCGCAAGUGUCACCUAGUUCAAGCCCAGGUGGCCAUUCAAACCUCGAUUUAAGAACCUCCCGAGGAAGAGAGUUCUUUUGAAUAUUUAGUAGGUAUCUCCCUUUUAAUUUUAAUUCAUUGGUCUAGGUCCUGCCCUCUGGAGCACUAGAAAACAAUCUGACUCUGUCUUCCAUGGGACAUGGAACAGCCCUUUGGAAAGUUGAUGAUGGCUCUCAUAUUGCCUCUUUUCCAGGUCUUCUCUUUUCCAGGCUAAAUAUACCCAACUCCCUCAAUCGUUCCUCAUCAGGCCUGGUUUCCAGACUCUUCGAUAUCUUGGUCACCCUCUUCUGCAUACGUUCCGCACGUUAUAAUAAGACAAUUAUUAUCUUAUUACUGCACAAGACAACAAUAAGAUGAAAUGCCCCCUUGCUGCAAACGCAAGCCCUUUAAAAUGAAUCAAACCAUUUCCACAAAGUCUAAAAACAAAGCCUUUUCUACAAAAGCGCAGUUAAAAUGAGCCACACGCCAGGGAUGCCUUCUCAAGCAAAAACAUCUUCAGGUGUUGAAUGGAUUCAUAGAACUAGUCCAAGCCCCUGAAAUGUGGGAAUCUCAGCUAAAGCAUUCAUCAUAAUGCUAGGCACUUGUAUAAUUUCAGCUAGUAACUUGUUCCAGAGGGCUGGAAGUACAACACUAAAAGUUGUGUUUGUAGAAGGAACUAAGCGCAGCUCUGUGGUAGCCUCAGCAGUGCCCCACCUGGGGAGUGCACUUGCCAGAGAGGAAUAUAUGGGGGAACAUGUCCUCACUUGCUGGGCCUACUUAGAUCCAUAGGCUGGAGAUUCCCCAGUGCUGUUGCCAUUUAUGCAAGCGCUAAAUGGGCCACGUGGCACGCCAAUUUUGGGGGGCGGGGGAGGGAACAAACCUGCAUUAUUUAUUUGGAGCAUUUGUACUGCACCUUUCAGCCACGAGAAAAGGACUCAAGAGAAGCUUGUUUAGUCGUUUAGUCGUGUCCGACUCUGCGUGACCCCAUGGACCAGAGCAUGCCAGGCACUUCUGUCUUCCACUGCCUCCUGCAGCUUGGUCAGACUCAUGUUGGUAGCUUCGAGAACACUGUCCAACCAUCUCGUCCUCUGUCGUCCCCUUCUCCUUGUGCCCUCCAUCUUUCCCAACAUCAGGGUCUUUUCCAGGGGUCUUCUCUUCUCAUGAGGUGGCCAAAGUCUUGGAGCCUCAGCUUCAGGAUCUGUCCUUCCAGUGAGCACUCAGGGCUGAUUUCCUUCAGAAUGGAGAGGUUUGAUCUUCUUGCAGUCCAUGGGACUCUCAAGAGUCUCCUCCAGCACCAGAAUUCAAAAGCAUCCAUUCUUCGGCGAUCAGCCUUCUUUAUGGUCCAGCUCUCGCUUCCAUACAUCACUACUGGGAAAACCAUAGCUUUAACUAUACGGACCUUUGUUGGCAAGGUGAGGCUUACAGAAAGUAAAUUAAUAUGAGACAGCCUCUUUCUGCAGGUUUGCAAUCUGAAAGGCACAACACACAAGGAAAAAGGGGUGGGGAGGGAAGAGGGAAAAGCUGGUUCUUAAAGGCACCCAUUCUUGAAGCUCAUAGAAUGACCAGCUGGAAUGGAAACGGUUCAGGAGCAGGAGGCCUUGGCAUGAUCCCUGUUUUUCUGUCACAUGUUCGACGAACCCCCGAGAGGCGUGUCACAGCACCCCUGAGCCUAUCUUGCCGUGGAAAUCUUAUCUACCUGCUUUCACCUGGCGAGUGUCAGAGGGAGGGUGAGAAGAGCCAGGGGCAUGCUGGAACAGUCAGGAAGGAACUUGCACCUCCCUUGCCCUGCCAUUAAAAAAUAAAAAUCAGUCCUGCGCUUUCCAAUUUACCCUACUGGGGGGGGGGGAAGUGUGAGAUGAUAAAACGACUGAUUGAAGUCUUGCAAAAGAGGCAGGGUGAGCCAGGGAGCUAAUCCCCAGAAACAAAAGUUUGUGGGGGGCAAAACCAAACAAGAAUCCAUUUCAGGUUAAGCGUAAAAAAACAUCGCAACGUGAACCGACUUUUUUUUUGCAGGGGGCUUUGGAAAACACACAGCGGCGGAGUCUUUUGACACGGCUGUGCAAGGAUGCACAACCACCCAGAGACUCGCUUGCCGGGCUGAGGGCCAAAUUAGAUGUUACACAUUUGGCUCAGGGGCAAAUUAUAUGUGUAACAUUCCCCUGAUGGCUCCCCGCCCGUUCCAAACACAAGCCAAAGCCAGUCUCAAGAAAAAAGACAGGAGGAAUGGGAGUCUUAAUCCUUUCGCCACUGGUUAGAAUUCUUGUUCCCUUGCCCUUCUGGGCUCAGCCACUUGUUCCAUGUAUAGAAAGCUUGGGUCUGGGCAGUUUGCCCCUUAGAAUUGCUCCUUUCCCAGGGAAAACCCGCUGAAUCAGAGCAAACGUCCACGCAGAGAAAACCUGAAUUGCCGUUUGCUCCAACUGACUGCUAUAGAGUGGUUUUCCCCAGGGGAAGGCAGCGGGAUGAAAUGAAAGAUAUUUAAGCAUGGGUAAGACAGGGAUGCGGGUGGCGCUGUGGGUUAAACCACAGAGCCUAGGACUUGCCGAUCAGAAGGUCGGUGGUUCAAAUCCCCAUGACGGGGUGAGCUCCCAUUGCUCGGUCCCUGCUCCUGCCAACCUAGGAGUUCGAAAGAACAUCAAAGUGCAAGUAGAUAAAUAGGUACCGCUCCGGCGGGAAGGUAAACGGCAUUUCCGUGCGCUGCUCUGGUUCGCCAGAAGUGGCUUAGUCAUGCUGGCCACAUGACCUGGAAGCUGUAUGCCGGAUCCCUCAGCCAGUAAAGCGAGAUGAGUGCCACAACCCCAGAGUCAGCCACGACUGGACCUAAUGGUCAGGGGUCCCUUUACCUUUACCUUAAGACAGGAGUGCCUGGCGUGCUCUGGUCCAUGGGGUCACGAAGAGUCGGACAUGACUAAAUGACUAAACAACAACAACAGGCAAACUAAGGCCUGGGGGCCGGAUCCGGCCCAAUCGCCUUCUAAAUCCAGCCCGCGGACAGUCCAGGAAUCAGCAUGUUUUUACAUGAGUAGAAUGUGUCCUUUUACUUAAAAUGCAUCUCUGGGUUAUUUGUGGGGCAUAGGAAUUCGUUCAUUUCCCCCCUCCAAAAUAUAGUCCAGCCCCCCAGAAGGUCUGAGGGACAAUGGACCAGCCCCCUGCUGAAAAAGUUUGCUGACCCCUGCUUUAUAGAAGGCUUUGAAAUAUUUUUGGAGACUUUAUAAAAAUGAUACGAAAAGAAAGAAGAAAACAGUGGUUAGCCAGAUCUCGUUGCUGGCUGCGAAGGGGCCCCCAUAGCAGUUCAAGUUCCAGGGCCCACAAAACGUAGGUCCGCAACUGGACUAAAGAUCUAACCCAGCCAGUCUUCUGCUUUCAUGGGGGCCAACCGGAUGCCUCUGGGAAGCCCACAAGCAAGAUCUGAGUGCGAAAGUCCUUUUCCGCUUGUGUUUCCCAGCCACUGAGAUUCAGAGGCAAAUUGUCUCUAAGACCGGCAGCAGCCAUCGUAACUAGUAACCAGAGAUAGCUUUACGCAAUAGAAGAAGAAGAAGAAGAAGAAGAAGAAGAAGAAGAAGAAGAAGAAGAAGAAGAAGAAGAGGAGGAGGCGGAGGAGGAGGAGGAGGAGGAGGAGGAGGAGUUUGGAUUUGAUAUCCCGCUUUAUCACUACCCGAAGGAGUCUCAAAGUGUCAAACAAUCUCCUUUCCCUUCCUCCCCCACAACAAACACUCUGUGAGGUGAGUGGGGCUGAGAGACUUCAGAGAAGUGUGACUGGCCCAAGGUCACCCAGCAACUGCAUGUGGAGGAGCGAAGACGCGAACCCGGUUCACCAGAUUACGAGGCCACUGCUCUUAACCACUACACCACACUGACUCUCUAUAGGCUAUAGCUCCGUGUCAGAACGUCUGUCUUGCCUGCUGGAGGUUCCAGGUUCGAUCAUCCUGGCAUCUUCAGGUUGGGCUGGAAAAGACUCCCUGCCUGGGACUCUGGAGAGCAGCUGCCAGCCAGAGUAGACAAUACAAGUGGUACCCUGCGAGGUAGGUUAGGCCGAGAGGGAGUGGGGAUUUGAACCCAGGUCUCCCAGGCCCUUGACCCACACUCUAAAUACCCUACACCACUAUGCAUCACGUGGGCUCCAAAUCCACACUCAACUCCGAGUAUAUUUCACCUCCCAUGUUUCUCAACUGAAAACAGGGACGUCCUAAGGGGGAUCAGAUUUGAUUCUGGGAUCAAAUCAGAAACUGGAAUGGCUUCUGUAAAUCCAGGACUGCCCCUUAAAAAUAGGGACACUUGGAAGGUCUGUCUUGUUGGAUUCCCACGGACCUCUAGCUGCCCAUUGUGAGAAAAGGCUCCUCUUCUUAUGUGCACUGGAUCAUCACCUUGUCAUUGUGAGUGGGCUUGCAUGUUCCUUUGACCCUUGUGAGAGAAGCUGUCAGGAAUCUCGUACAGUGGUACCUCGGGUUACAUAUGCUUCAGGUUACAUACGCUUCAGGUUACAGACUCCGCUAACCCAGAAAUAGUACCUCAGGUUAAGAACUUUGCUUCAGGAUGAGAACAGAAAUUGUGCUCUGGCGGCGCAGCAGCAGCAGGAGGCCCCAUUAGCUAAAGUGGUGCUUCAGGUUAAGAACAGUUUCAGGUUAAGAACAGACCUCCGGAACGAAUUAAGUACUUAACUUGAGGUACCACUGUACUCCCAGCAGGGUCACCCAAGGUGGUGAGGUCAAAGGGAAGGAGCUAGACAAAGAAUGACCCAAGAAGUCCUCAAUGGCAGACCAGGCGGGUGAUAACAAGAGAUAUGUUACAACGGCUGUGAAGGCGGAUGAAGGCUGCAGCAGAUAGGAAUCUACUGGUUUGUCGUGACUACUCAUGCCAUCGGAACAGAGCCCUACUGCGAAGACUGUGUGUUGGUCAGCGUGCCCUGAUCUAAACACAUAAAACAAAUUCACGCACAGGUGUCCUCCAAAAACAUAACCACUGACAACUGAGAAACACUGGCCUGCGAGUGCUCCAGUUGGAGAACAGCCUUUACCAAAGGUGUCAUGGGCUUUGAAGACACUCGAACUCAGGACGCAAGGGAGAAACGUGCUAAGAGGAAGGCACGCUUGGCAAAUCCACACCGUGAUCAGCUCCUGCCUGGAAACCUAUAUCCCCACUGUGGAAGGACGUGUGGCUCCAGAAUUGGCCUCCACAGUCACGGACUCAUUCUUAAAACCGUGUUCAUGGAAGACAAUCUUACUUGGCUACGAGGGUUCGCCAAAUAAUGAAGAAGGAGGAGGAGGAGGAGGAGGAGGAGGAGGAGGAGGAGGAGGAGGAAGGGCAAGGGGCUGAGCUUUCUCCUCAAAGAAAAAGAAGGGAGUUUGGGUGAAUUUGAGGGUGCUGGCUGCCUCUCUCUGGGGAUCUGUGGAAUGUGGCUUCCUGUUGGACACACAACCUGGAAAGCUGUCUGCAGACAAACGCCAGCUCCCUCAGCCUGAAAGCAAGAUGAGCGCCACAACCCCAUAGUCUCCUUAGACUGGACUUAACCAUCCAGGGGUCCUUUUACCUCUCUGUUGGGGAACGUCUUAAAAUCAAGAGAACUGCAACGUUUUGUUUGCACGUGGUUUUGAGGUGGGCACGGCAGUGGCAAAGCCAAGCUAGAUUUCUUCCCAAUCCCUUGGUAGGGACAUUUAGGCCCGCGAACGCACUUUUGCAAUGCUCAGGGGAGGUGGGGAGAUGUCCUUUGGGUCACCUUUACCCUGCACACUCUCUGUUUGCAAGAGUGUCAUCCUCAAACUCUGCAGAUCAAGGCAAACAAACAAGCCUUCACAUUUCCCAGCUUAAGAGACAAGAUCCUGUUAAUGGGGAUUUGGCUGGGAGUUACAGAGGCCUGGCUGUUGCUCUUGCGGCUGGCAGACUCCUCUCUCUCUCUCUCUCUCUCUCUCUCUCUCUCUCCCCCAAUCCCCCCUCCCUCAGGCAAUUGUUGGCUGUCCGUUCUAAGAUACCCCAAACCUCCACAUUUCCAAAGAGAGAGAGAGAGAGAAAGACAGGAAAUAUUCUCCUCACAAGAGAGAGUCAAAGGCAAAACGCCUUGAAGUGAAUGGUGUUCUAAUGGAAAGAAUCGUGACUUAUGGCCGGUUUGUUUUGGCUGCUUAAGAGCAUAAAAAGAGUCUUGCAGGAUGAGGCCAAUGGUCCAUCUUGGUCCAGCACCCUCUUCUCACCAUGGGCAACCAGAUGCCCGUGGGAAAUGUGCAGGAUCUGAGCACAAGAGCCUAUUGUUUCCACCAAUGGGCAUUCGAUAUUCAGAGCCAGAAUGUGGCUAUGACCUCCGACAUUUUUCUGAUGAAAAUCAGAACGUCCUGAGAAAAAGCAGGCCAUUCUGGGAUCAGAUCAGAUACCAGGAUGGCUUCUGUAAAUCAGGACUGUGCCUGGAAAAUAGGCCAGGAGGUGUAGUGGUUAGAGUGUGGGACAAGGACCUGCGAGACCUGGGUUCAAAUCCCCAUUCGCUUGGUGUGACCUCGCUCUGUUCACUGCCUCUCAGCCUCACCUACCUCACAGCCCUCUCCUUCUCCGUGAAUUUGUCCAAUUUUUUCUCUUUUUUUAAAGCCAUCCAAGAUGGCGGCCAUCGCUGCCUCCUGUGGCAGCGAGUUCCACAGUUCAGCUGCACGAAGAAGGACUUUCUUUUAUCUGCCCCCAUAUCUUUCGCCCUUUCCCGAACCUUGUCCGACUCUACAACAUCCUUUCGGAGGAGGAAGGUGUCAGCAGUGGAAUGUUCACAAGCAGCGCAGCUUCUGUGAUGGAGGUGGAAGAUGAGAGGCGGGUACUUAAAUACAGGGGUCAGCAAACUUUUUCAGCAGGGGCCCGGUCCACUGUCCCUCAGACCUUGUGGGGGGGCCGGACUCUAUUCGGGGGGGGGGGGGAUGAACGAAUUCCUAUGACCUACAAAUAACCCAGAGAUGCAUUUUAAAUAAAAGGACACAUUCUACUCAAUUUUACUAUCUAAUGAGACCACUGAUCCAUAAAAUGAAAGCAAUAAACAAUGUACUGCAGUCAUACACACAAUCAAGCAAUCAAUCAAUCAAUCAAUCAAUCAAUCAAUCAAUCAAUCAGUAGCUGAACUGGGUUCCACACAGUCACCAAAAAAGCCACAAAAACGCAAAAUAAAUAGCAAAAACUGACAGACCUCAGCAUAACACUUAAAUUGGAAGUGUGGCACUCAAAUCGUCAGCGUAAGACUCAAAAUGAAGCACAUUCAGCUUCUGGAAAAAGUUUGCAAACCAGAACACUUACUUCCAGGUUUGCAGUGUUUGGGUUCCAAGUUGUUUGAGUACCAAGGCAUUUGAGAACCAAGGUACCACUGUACUGAGCAAUCAAAGGAGGGACUUUGAGGAUGAUCUGAGUGUACAGUCAUACCUUCGGGUUAAGCAUUUUCGGGUUGCGCUCUGCGGCGACCCGGAAGUAACAGAGAGUGUUACUUCCAGGUUUCGCCACUCGCACAUGCGCAGACACUCAAAAUGACAUCAUGCGCAUGCGUGGAAGCGGCGAAUCGCGACCCGCGCAGACGUGCGGACGUGGGUUGCGUUCGCUUCAGGAUGCGAAUGGGGCUCCGGAACAGAUCUUGUUCACAUCCAGAGCUACCACUGUACAGGCAAGUUGAUGGUGAGGCGUCAGGUCCCACGUCCCAAGCCGGUUCUUUGGAUUCUGCCCAGAAAUGACCCUGGAGACAACAAAGAAGGACAGCAAGCACUCAAGAGAGGUGAGAGGAUGGAUGGCGGCUAACAGAUAGAGGUUGAAUCCUGACAAGACAGAAGUACUGUUUUGGUGGGACAGGAGGCGGGCGGGUGUGGGGGACUCCCUGGUCCUGAAUGGGGUAACUGUGCCCCUGAAGGACCAGGUGCGCAGCCUGGGAGUCAUUUUGGACUCACAGCUGUCCAUGGAGGCACAGGUCAAAUCUGUAUCCAGGGCAGCUGUUUACCAGCUCCAUCUGGUACGUAGGCUGAGACCCUCCCUGCCUGCAGACUGUCUCCCCAGAGUGGUGCAUGCUCUGGUUAUCUCCCGCUUGGACUACUGCAAUGCGCUCUACGUGGGGCUACCUUUGAAGGUGACCCGGAAACUACAACUAAUCCAGAAUGCCACAGCUAGACUGGUGACUGGGAGCGGCCGCCGAGACCAUAUAACACCGGUCUUGAAAGACCUACAUUGGCUCCCAGUACGUUUCCGAGCACAAUUCAAAGUGUUGGUGCUGACCUUUAAAGCCCUAAACGGCCUCGGUCCAGUAUAUCUGAAGGAGCGUCUCCACCCCCAUCGUUCUGCCCGGACACUGAGGUCCAGCUCCGAGGGCCUUCUGGCGGUUCCCUCACUGUGAUAGGCCAAGUUAUAGGGAACCAGGCAGAGGGCCUUCUCGGUAGUGGCACCCGCCCUGUGGAACGCCGUCCCAUCAGAUGUCAAAGCGAUAAACAACUACCUGACAUUCAGAAGACAUCAGGGAAGUUUUUAAUAUGUGACAUUUUAGUGUAUUUUUCAUCUUUGUUGGAAGCCACCCAGAGUGGCUGGGGAAACCCAGCCAGAUGGGCGGGGUACAAAUAAUAAAUUAUUAUUAUUAUUAUUAUUAUAGUUCCCAACCCCUGAUGGCAGUUCGCUGCCUGGCAGGGAUGGCAACUAGAAUGAAAUAUUGGGGGAGCCAGGUAACCCUCAUGCCACGUAAUCAAUCACAUGACACGGCACACACACACACCAUUCAAGUGGCAAUACCCAUCAACCCCCUCAAAUGCUUUAUUGGGGGGCCUGAAGACCCCUCGGCCCUGACUGGGAACAGUUAUGGACCACAGGUAUGAAGUUCACGGCAUGUAAUGCCUUAAGAGAGAAUAUUAUGAAAAUGAUAUACAGGUGGUACAUGACACCAGUCAAGCUUGCGAAAAUCUAUCACUUGCCCGAUAAUAAAUGCUGGAAAUGUAAAGAGACGGAAGGUACAUUCUUUCACCUUUGGUGGACGUGCCCAAGGAUUAAGGCUUUCUGGGAGAUGAUCUAUAAUGAAAUGAAAAAGGUAUUUAAAUAUACCUUUCUGAAGAAACCAGAGGCCUUUCUCCUGGGCAUGGUCGGCCAAUUGGUGCCAAAGAGGGACAGAACUUUCUUUAUGUAUGCCACAACAGCAGCAAGAAUACUUAUUGCAAAGUAUUGGAAGACACAAGAUCUACCCACUCUGGAAGAAUGGCAGAUGAAGUUGAUAGACUAUAUGGAACUGGCGGAAAUGACUGGCAGAAUCCAGGAGGAAGAUUGGAAGAAAUUUAAAGACUAUUUACAGAAACAUUGUAAAAUUAAUGAAUGUUAGAAUGAUGUUGGAAUGAAUCUAUGUGAUUUUAGCAAAAAUGUAUCAAAGAUUUAAGAAAAAUAGACUGUUAAUUGGUGAAAAGAGGGAAAGUAAACUCAUAGUAAGAUCAAGAUAAAUUUUCAGGAUAAGAAUUUUGAAGAGAGGGAAAGGAUUUGCUGAAAUGGAUAAUUGACUUAGAAUACAAAAAAGGGAGGUGUGAGGAGGUCAGGGAAACAAGCAUAUGAAAGAUAAGUUAUGGGAAGGCUCGAUUUGUCUUCUUUUUUAUUUUUUAUUUUUGUAUGUUGUUUUUAAGUGUUCUUAUUUCCUUGUUUUUUAUUGUGAUGUGUUGUUUUACUAUUGUCUAAUCUGGUGGGUUUUUUUUGCUUUCUGUUUUUUUUUGCCUUUUUGUAAACUUAAAAUCUUAAUAAAUACUAUUUUUUUUUUUAAAAAAAGAAGACCCCUCGACCCCUUGGUGUCCCGGUGCGGCUCUCAUUUUCAGCAUCUGCCGGGUAUUUCCAUCCCCUCCCCAGCUUUCCAAAGGAGCCCACAAACAACGUGCCGCUUCCUCGACUCACCCCAGUGGGAAUCGUGAGUGGCGGCUCUCAAAGGGAGGGCUUUGUUCAAGCGGGAACCAGGCCAAUUUCUGGAGGAAAGACCUGUGAUGUCCUCAUAGGUGGGAUGCCUCCGAGGUGCUGAAGGGGAACGACAAGAGGCGUCUUGUCGCGGGAGAACCCGCCCAUUUCCGUUUCUCGUCUUAGCAACCUUCGGCUUGGUUUUCUUCACAUUUCCACGCCGGUUUGUGAUUCUCUCUUCAAUCCUUUCUGAAAGUCCUCUCAGCAUUCUGGUGCAAAUUUUACCUGCUGUUUGAUUCUUUGUGUUUGGAGACGUGUGGAUGUCAAAGGGUUCUAGGCUGAAGAAUUGAUGCUUUUGAAUUCUGGUGCUGGAGGAGAUUCUUGCGAGUCCCAUGGACUGCAAGAAGAUCAAACCUAUCCAUUCUGAAGGAAAUCAGCCCUGAGUGCUCACUGGAAGGACAGAUCCUGAAGCUGAGGCUCUAAUCCUUUGGCCACCUCAUGAGAAGAGAAGACUCCCUGGAAAAGACCCUGAUGUUGGGAAAGAUGGAGGGCACAAGGAGAAGGGGACGACAGAGGAUGAGAUGGUGGGACAGUGUUCUCGAAGCUACCAGCAUGAGUUUGACCAAACUGCAGGAGGCAGUGGAAGACAAGAGGGCCUGGCGUGCUCUGGUCCAGGGGGUCACAAAGAGUUGGGUACGACUAAACAACAACAAAAAUUGUUUCACCAUAGAACCAUAGAAGCGCAGAGUUGGAAGGGACCCUCAGGGUCAUCUAGUCCUACCCCCUGCAAUGCAGGAAUAUUUCACCCAACAUGGGACUCGAACCCACAACCCUGAGGUUAAGAGGCUCUGCCGACUGAACCAGGAUUGUUGUUGCUGUUGUUCUUCUCCUUCAAUAAUAAUAAUAAUAAUAAUAAUAAUAAUAAUAAUUUAUUUAUACCCCGCCCUCCCCGGUUCAAAAACUGGGCUCAGGGCGGCUAACAACAAAUUUAAAACACUUUAAAACACUUAAUUAUCAAAGCAGCAUAAAAUACAGUUUAAAAACAUGAAUAACAAUAAAAAUCAAUUAGAAAAUCCCCAGGGCCAGCUGGCUGAAUUGGUCCUACUUGGGCCAGCGAGGAGGCCAGGGGAGAAUUAGCUGUGGGGUCUCAGAGCGGAUGAUCUUCAUAAAAGGGGAGGGGGAGGGAAGAGAAGGGAAAUAAAAGAUCAGGAUGAAUUCAAAUUAAAGGCCAGGCGGAAUAGCUCUGUUUCACAGGCCUGCUGGAAGGAGGUUAAAUCCUGAAGGAGGUUAAAUUCUUGCUGUAUCUGUAAGGUCCCUGGAGUCCCUGUUGGGUAAAAAAGGCAGGGGAUAGAUAGAUGAUCGAUACAUAGAUAGAUAGAUAGAUAGAUAGAUAGAUAGAUAGAUAGAUUUGGUACCCGCAUGUCUCGAGAGACAAUGGAGUGAGCCUCCGGGGAUGAAGUCAGUUGCUGCAUCUGCAGCACCAAAGUGACCUUACACAUGCCUGGGCAGUGUGUAUGGAGGUCCUGGGCUGCUCGGACAACAAGACUCCCCUCUUGGCCUCGCGGAUGUGGUCCAAAGGAAAGCAGAACAACAGAGUGGGAACCAGAUGGGCUGCAGGAGUUGCUGGAAGGAGGCGUACAAGGCAGAGGUGGAGCUAGCUACUCUGGCACCCAGAGCAGCCCAUGGGCGUGUGCUGGCGGCGGGAAGCUUCCCAGGGGUGUGUGGCAGUGGCGGCGCAUGUCCCAGAGGGGUGCACCGGUGGCGGCACGCAUCCCAUGGGCGUGUGCCGGCACGUGUCCCAGGGGUGCGGUGGCGGUGGUGAUGUCACCCCCUUCAGGGAUGACACACGGGGCGGACCACCCCCCACUGCACCCUCCUUUCUCCACCAGUGGUGCAAGGCACCAUCCAACCUCCUUAGGAGCUCCACUCCUGAGAUAUCUUUUUGUAUCUUGCAUUUCCCCAAGACCAGGACUCAAGGUGGCUCACACAAAUUAAAACAACACAGCUUUUUCUGUUGUGAACUGCCCCAGGAUCUUCGGAUGAAGGGGGGUAUGCGAAUGUAAUAAAAUUAUUUAUAAGGUUAAAAAAAAGAAAGGUAAAGGACUCCUGGACGCUUGUGUCCAUUUCGCCCAACGUCCACUGCAAACCCGGAAGUAACCGGUGGGUUUGCUGCUGGUCGCGCAUGCGCAGGAGCGGCAAUUGCCGCCCGUGCCUGCACACAAUGGCACCUCUCCCAGAGACCUGUUUUGACCUCCGGCGGACCUCCAGGUGGAUUAUGGUCGCAGGUAGAGGUUCCACUAAAUAGGUAAAGGUAAAGGCAAGACCCCUGGGCGGUUAAGUCCAGUUAAAGGCAACUAUGGGGUUGUGGCGCUCAUCUCACUUUCAGGCCAAGGGAGCCAGCGUUUGUCCACAGACAGCUUUCCAGGUCAUGUGGCCAGCAGGACUAAACUGCUUCUGGUGCAAUGGGACACUGUGACGGAAACCAGAGUGCAGGGAAACACCAAUUACCUUCCCACCACAGUGGUAUCUAUUUAUUUACUUGAACUGGUGUGCUUUCGAACUGUUAGGUUGGCAGGAGCUGGGACAGAGCAACGGGAGCUCACCCCGUCGCGGGGAUUUGAACCUCUGACCUUCCAAUCGACAAGCCCAAGAGGCUCAGUGGUUUAGACCACAGCGCCACCCUCAUAAUUUAUAUAAUACUAUUAAUCAGGGAAGCGGGCAUUUCAGCCUCCCCAAAUAUUCUGCAGCUGACCUUAAGGUCACUGAACUAAGUCACAUUGCAGCAUAAAGUCAUUGGAUGUGCACCAGAGCAAGAGGUUCCCUUGUGUAUUGAAUCAGCAUAAUCGAUUUUAAUCACACUUUAUGCCUUAAUUGGUUUACCGAUGCCAAGAUGUCUGCGUUAUCAACAACUGUUUUUUAAUGGCCCUUAUUAUAAGGUAAUUAUCACCACCUAUAAUUUUCUGCCUUUCAUUUCCUUCUGAACCCACCGUGUACAAUUGCACACACCCCAUAACUGUGUGUGUUUGUGUGUGUAAUUCAGGAUAAGAACCCAUGAAUCUGAUGAAGUAGGCAUAAAGCCCACGAAAGUGCCAUAAUAAAUUUGCUGGCCUUUCAGGUGUCACAAGACUCUUUGCUGUUUCGUCCUGAAACUUGUUAUUCCAAGUAAUUCUACAGCUAUUGAGGACGACGACGAUGUUGCAAAGAAUCAGUUUUAAAGUAAUCUAAUCAUUCUGUUCCCUGAAGCAAAACUUCUCAAAAAGCACACAGCCUUGGUAACCAGAGCAAUAUUCCAAACACUUCUUAGCCAGCCUAAAAUUGGUGAAGCUGCGGUAUUUUACAUUUAGUGGAAUCUGUGCUCCAAUGUUAUUCUUUUUUCGUGAUUGUGGACAAGAUAAGCUUUAGGUUAGGCAUCUAAAACGAGCAGAGGUUCAUUUGCCUGCUCUUUCCUGUUGAGCGAAAUGAUUGGUGCUACCAGUGCAUCAAAAAAUAAAGGACAGGGGACAAGCAGCUGCGAAAAUGACCGUCUCAUUGUUUGCCUUGAGACCAUUUCUCAAACUCUUGAUUUGUUUCGAGCCUUGCGGACAGAAGGCAGCCGCCUUCUUCUCUCUGCAGCCAAUAUAAUCCCAAAUCCAUAUUUAUUGGGAUCGUUACAGCUCCACCUUAUUGACUCAACGUCGCUCUCUAAACAAUAGCCGAAAGGAACAAGGAUCUCUCAUCGCCACCCGCCCUGAGACAAGAGCCUUUAAAUAUAAAAUGGGAGAGAUAAUAAAUGAUGUCAGCUGUAGUAUCCCAUUAGAUAAAUAUUGCUCAGUAUUAAUUGCUAUGUUGUUCAAAUACUGGCUCCCAGAUGUCUGCUGUCCUCUUGAGACACCUCAGGUUCUUCUGCAGAGAUGGAAAUAUUUGGGAGUAAUGCGGGCAGGGGGCAGGAGUUUGAGAUUCUUCCUGUCAGUCCCACUCCCAGCCAGUGAUGGAGAUGGGUCAUCUGACACACCAGAUCCCAUGGGCGUCUGCACAAGCAUAAGUAUAAAGUUUUGCCUGCAUUGCAGGGGGUUGAAUUUAAUGGCCCUUUGGGUCCCUUCUGACUGUACAGGUCUAUGAUUCUAUUUACUGUUUGCUUGUGAAACGGGGACCAUAAACGCCAUCUCCAACUCCUCGAAAGAUUCCAUCAACGGUGUCUCCAAAAAAUUGUACACAUCGCUUGGGAAGACAGGCGAACUAAUGCCAGUGUACUGGAAGGAGCAAAGAUCACCAGUGUCGAAGCAAUGAUUCUUCAACGUCAACUUCAUUGGACUGGUCAUGUUGGGCAGGUGCCUGAUUAUCGUCUUCCAAAGUGACUACUCUAUUCCAAACUUAAAAAUGGGAAGUGUAAUGCUGGUGGUCAACAAAAGAUAUUGAAAGACUCUCUCAAGGCAAGUCUAAAAAAAAUGUAGUAUAAACACCAACAACUGGGAAACACUGGCCUGCGAGCACUUCAGCUGGAGAAUAACCUUUACCAAAGGUGUCAUGGACUUUGAAGACACUCAAACUCAGGAUGAAAUGGAGAAACGUGCUAAGAGGAAGGCAUGCUUGGCAAAUCAUCACCGUGAUCAACUCCUGCCCAGAAAACUAUGUGCCCACUGUGGAAGGACGUGUGGAUCCAGAAUUGGCCUCCACAGUCAUUUAUGGGCUCAGUGUUAAAACCGUGUUUAUGGAAGACAAUCUUACUCAGCUAUAAGGGAUUGCCGAAGAAGAAGAAGAAGAAGAAGAAGAAGAAGAAGAAGAAGAAGAAGAAGAAGAUUCCAUGAAAACUAAUGCAAAGACUGCCAGAACAUAGACACCAGAAACUGGGCUAUGCCCGCUCAGAUUGGAGUGUAGCUGGGCCACCAGCCGAAGCUGAUGGAAGGCUCUUUGCCCUACCAAAGUCAUCUGAGCUUUUUUGUGGAUCCAGAAAUACCCACAAGCUAUGUCCCUGCUCCUUCAGAGAGACUGUAACCCCAUCUGGAGCAGGCCACACCCUGCCCAUCCUGUCUAGGGAGCCACCCACUAAUAGUGCUUCAAUCUUGCCCGGAUUGAGCAUAAAUGUUUGUUGGCUCUCGUCCAGUCCAUUGCUGAGGCCAGACUUCAGUCUAGCACACCCUCUGCCACACCUGCAGGUGUCAAGGAGAAGCAGAGCUGAGGAUCAUCAAGGUGUUGCUGGCAACGCGCUCUGAGACUCCAGGUGGCCCCACUCAGCAGUUUCAUGCGGGGGUGUGUGUGUGUGUGUUAAAAUUUAACCCUGUGGAACCCCACACCGGAGACUCCAUGGGGCAGAAGAACACUCCCCAAGCACCGCCCUCUGGAGACAGCCAUCCAUGUAGGAAGCCGCUCUGGGAAAAUAACAUGUUCAAUGAUAUUGACAACCGCUGGGUGACCGAGCAGGAUUUCAAGGGACACUUGCUGUUGUUUAGUCAUUUAGUUGUGUCCGACUCUUCAUGACCCCAUGGGCCAGAGCACGCCAGGCACUCCUGUCUUCCACUGCCUCCCACAGUUUGGUCAAACUCAUGCUGGUAGCUUCGAGAACACGGUCCAACCAUCUCAUCCUCUAUCGUCCCCUUCUCCUGGUGCCCUCCAUCUUUCCCAACAUCAAGGUCUUUUCCAGGGAGUCUUCUCUUCUCAUGAGGUGGCCAAAGUCUUGGAGCUUCAGCUUCACGAUCUGUCUUUCCCGUGAGCACUCAGGGCUGAUUUCCUUCAGAAUGGUGAGGUUUGAUCUUCUUGCAGUCCAUGGGACUCCCAAGAGUCUCCUCCAGCAUAUUUCUCCCGGCAAAGGUCAUCACACAGGGUGACCAAAGGCAUUUCCAUGUCAAAACCCAAACCCCAGUUGAAAUGGGUCUAGAAGAGUGGUUUCCUCCAAGAUAGCCUGGAUCUGACCCACAACCCCACACUCAGGGUCCAUGCCCAAGAAGGGAACGUGAGCAACUGGCCGGUAAUUAGUUGGAUUUUCCGAAUCCAGGGAGCAUUUUUUAAGGAAUGCUUUUAUCAUUGCCUCUCCCCCACCCCUUUUUAAUUUUUUUUUAUUUUCAAUGCAAAAUUACAACAAAAAUUACAAACAUUGAAUCCAAAAUAAAGCAAUACAAACAAGCAAAACAAAACACUAGAAAAAAACAGACAACCCCCCCCAAAACAAAAGAAACAUCUACAAAUAAAUCCAUAUCAUCAUUCUGAUCGUUACGUACGUAUACACAUAUUGACUUCCUUCCUUUGUUCUAAGACCUUGAAAUUUUUACUCUUUCUAAAUUGUGUCUAAUGUAGAUUGCCUCUAUCGUUGUACUUUUUGCACCAGUUUUCUCUUUCUUUAACCCUGCAAAGUUUCAUUCGUUACAUACCGAUAUACUUACUCCAGAACAAUGUUUUCACAUAUACUCUUUAGCACAUCCCCAUUCUUUUAAUAAUUUUGGGUCCGAUUGUCCCCUUUAUGAAUGCUGUGAGUCUUGCCAGAUGUAUAUAUUCACAAAUUUUAAUUUGCCAUUCUUUCAUUGAUGGAAUUUUUCUCCCUUUCCAAUUUUUAUGAGCAUCCUGGCAGCUGUUGUCACAUAGAUAGUAUUGCCUCUUUUAGGCAGGUGGAGGACCCCCCCAGACACACAACUCUCAAGGAGGCAACCCAUUCAGAUGGACAGGGUAUAAAUAAAUUUGUUGUCAGCAAAAAUGUAUAGGACAAGUACAAGUUUUUCUUUGUGUGGCUUUUUCUGUUUUUUGACUGUGACUUGUUCUUCAUUUUAUGGGACUAACUUGUGACUGUGACUUGUGACUUUGUUUUUGCGACUGUGGCUUGUGACUUCAUUUCUGUGACUUGUUUUUGUGACUGUGUGGAACCCAUUUCAGCUACUGAUUGAUUGAUUGAUUGAUUGACUGAUUGAUUGAUUGAUUGAUUGUGUGACUGCAGAAAUGGAUAAAAGCCCCCCAUCCAAACAAUGACUAUCAUCAGUGUGUGUAAGGGAAUAUCUAUCUAUCUAUCUAUCUAUCUAUAUAUAUAUAUAUAUAUAUAAUCUACAGUACUAUCUUAUUUAUUUUAUAGUACAGUACAUUGAAUAUUGCUUUCAUUUUAUGGAUCAAUGGCUUCUUUAGAUAGUAAAAUUCAUGUUAAAUUGCUGUUUUAGGGGUUGUUUUUAAAAGUCUGGAACAGAUUAAUCCAUUUUGCAUUACUUUCUAUGGGAAAGUGAGCCUUGGUUUUAGAAUGCUUCGGUUUUGGAAUGGACUUCCGGAACGGAUUAAGUUUGAGAACCAAGGUACCACUGUACUCUGUCAUUAUUUUUAUUAUUAAUUUAUUGAGUUUAUAUACCACCAUAUACCAGGAGGUUUCAGGGCAGUUCACAGAAAAGAUCACAAUAUAUAUAAUCAGAAUAAAAACAACAACCCAAUAACAUCCCCCACUCCCCAAAAAGAGCCACAUUUUAAAAGGGUAUAGGAUGUCAAUCAGGUCUACCAAAGGCCUGGUUAAAAAGGAACGUUUUUAAGGUGUAUAAUGAAGGCGUCAGGCGAACUUCCCUGGGGAGAGCAUUCCACAGACAGGGAGCCACCACAGAGAAGGCCCUGCUCUCGUGUUGCCACCCUCUAGAGGAGGAGGCACACAAAGGAGGGCCUCAGAAGAUGAUCUCAGGUUCCAGGUAGGUUCAUAUGGAAAGAGGUGGUCCUUGAGGUAUUGCGGUCCUGAGCCAUUGAAGGUUUUAUAGGUCAAAACCAGCACUUUGGAUUGGGCCCGGAAACUAAUUGGUAGCCAGUGCAGGAUCAGUGUAAUAUGCUCAGACUGUCUUGCUCUGUUGUGCAACUUGGCCGCUGAAAUCUGCACUGGCUGAAGUGUUAAGUUGUGGAUGAACAUAUCAGACGACACAGCGAUUUUUCAGACAGCUCUUGUUUAUUCAUAGGCCAGAACAGAACAGAAGGGUUCAGCCAGCCUGCUUAUAUAGAGCUCAACUACAAAGCAACAGUAACAACUUUCUGUAACUAUCCAAUCACUGAACGUCACUUUCAAUUCCUUAUAUGCAUAUGCGGACCUGAGUGAAAACUAUCUACAGUAUACCCCUGCUGGCCCAGGGUGAGAACUUCAGUACAUAACAUGAAGUUUCCAAACCGUCUCCAGAGGCAGCCCUACAUAUAACGCAUUGCCAUGGUCACCCUAAAAGGGUGUCAUCGCAUCCUCUCCCCGCCCCCUCCAAUUUCCUCCUGCCCCUUUCCCCACACACUUUUUCUUGUGGAUGCCUCUCUGGCACCCAGUUCCGAUUGUGAGCUGCUUGGGGCUGUGACCUCAGACCCCUUAACACAGUUACACGCAGUGAUUUUUUAAAAAUAGAGUAAUAUAAGCAAAACAUCAAAUUGUCGUCUUUGCAGCCCGAGAAACCAGCCUGAGAGGCACAGGUAAGCUGCUCUAAGCUCCCCACAAAGGAAUUAAAAACCACAAUGUUAUUUAUUAAAUCCGUAAUCUGGAUACUGUCGGUUUAUUUGAUUCCAUCCAAGGAUCCCGUCCUGUGAAAUAUCUCAAGGCAACGUCACAGGGGAAAAAACGUAAAAAGCGAUUAAAAACAACUCCAUAUGUGAAGAGAGUUUAAAACGGUUCCCUGUAAUGCACGUGUCGUAUAUGACUGUUUUAAAAGGCUUUUAGAUUUAUGUUACACAAAAUGAACCACGGAAAGAGACGAAGGGAAGUCAUCAACAUUUUAAGGUUGUUGAAAUAUACUCGGAGUCAAGUGUGGAUUUCAUCCUCUUUAUUCAGCUCAUAGUAGUGAGGAGGAAUGGAAGUUCCCCCAGAAUGUCUGCUUUAUAUACAUUAUUUACACAAUGGGCCCCACGUGAUUGGCUAAUUCCGGGAUUCACCUGUAGGCCAAUCAGGUUGUGGAUUUACUUCCACCUGGAGCUGGAUUGGGUGGCUCCUGCGGACCAAUCAGACUGCUGCAUUGUUCUAGGACCAAUCAGACUGCUGCAUUCUGAAUCCUAUUCAACUCAGUACAUAACAGUUGUUUAAAUGAAUAUUCUAAAAUGUAAAAAGAACAUUUAAUAAAAAUUAGAGGGGGGGAAUUGAAUGGGGGGUGGGGAGGAACCUUGUAUGCUGCCUUGAGCCCCUUAGGGGAGAAAAAAGGUGUGGUAUAAAUGCAAAAAACAGAAUUUCUUCCCUUCUACGCCAGGUCUGCCCGUCUCACAAGCCAUCAAACUCCUGCAGGAGAAGCUCGCUGCCUUCCGGGUGACUCUUCCGGACUUCCACCUGCGUGCCGUCUGCGAUUACUUCCACAACACCUUCAUCAAACAUUACGGGCUGCACCAGUUUGUCCUGGCUCAGGAGAGGGACCGCUGCCAGACCUUUGCCAGCCUGGAGGUCUACGCUCCCCCCAAGCCCCUGCCUCUGAGGCGGGGUACGGAAAUCAGGGCCUGGAAGUACCAGCAGGAGCUGGCCGCAGUCUCUGCAGCGGAGGAGGAAAAACAGGCCGAAAUGGAGCGGAUCAGGGCAACCUUGUGCAAAGAGAGGGAGAACAUGCUGGAGGAGGUCUACAGGAGCGUCCGGACGCAAACGGCGACCCUGGAGAAAGAGGUGAGCUUGGGGCGUACAGCUUCCGGGUCAUGUGGUUAGCAUGACUAAGCCGCUUCUGGCGAACCAGAGCAGCGCACGGAAACGCCGUUUACCUUCCUGCCGGAGCGGUACCUAUUUAUCUACUUGCACUUUGACGUGCUUUCGAAUUGCUAGGUUGGCAGGAGCAGGGACCGAGCAAUGGGAGCUCACCCCGUCAUGGGGAUUUGAACCGCCGACCUUCUGAUCGGCAAGUCCUAGGCUCUGUGGUUUAACCCACAGCACCACCCGCGUCCCUAAGCAUCUGGGUAGGCUUGUCUAAACAGGAAUGCCUUCAGCAGAUGCCAAAAAGAAUAUGGUGAAGGUGCCUGCUUGAGAUCAAUAGGCGGGGAGUUCCAAAGUGCACCAAAUGACCAAGAGCCAGCAAAUGGGGGCCGGGGUAUUGCGUGGCAAUUGUAGUGGCAAUUCCGUGGAUCGAAGCGGUCGAGUGGGCACCUGUCGGGGUAAGACGAUCUUGUGCACAAGGUCGCCCCCAGCUGUUAACGUCUUUCUAUGCUAAUAGUAAAGAGAUGCAGGUGGUGCUGUGGUCUAAACCACUGAGCAUAGGACUUGCCGAUUAGAAGGUCGGCGGUUCAAACCCAGAGUCAUUCGCGACUGGACCUAAUGGUCGGGGUACCUUUAAAGGUAAAGGUCCAGUCGUGGCUGACUCUGGGGUUGCAGCACUCAUAUCGCUUUAUUGGCCGAGGGAGCCGGCAUUCAGCUUCCGGGUCAUGUGGCCAGCAUGACUAAGCCACUUCUGGCGAACCAGAGCAGCGCACGGAAACGCCGUUUACCUUCCCGCCGGAGCGGUACCUAUUUAUCUACUUGCACUUUGACAUGCUUUCGAACUGCUAGGUUGGCAGGAGCAGGGACCGAGCAACGGGAGCUCACCCCGUCACGGGGAUUCGAACCUCCGACCUUCUGAUCAGCAAGUCCUAGGCUCUGUGGUUUAACCCACAGCGCCACCCCUUUAUGCUAAUAGUAACAUCUGGAACUUGACUCUACAGUUCCUGGCAACUGGGGUUCAGGAGCUCACUUCCUCUAGCAGUAGCGAUUAGUGGCCGUUGGCACCCUGAUUCAAACCUCCAGCAUCUCCCUGUCUUCCCCUUGCCUCGUUGCAGCCCCCUAGGUAAUCCCACCAGCCCCCAGGGUGUGGUACUUCUCACUUCGGGAUCUAGUGCGUCGAUCCCAGUUUGCACCACAGGUUCCACUCCUUGCAAAACUACGGCCUUUGGGUCUCCCGGUUCCGGCAGCCUGUUGACAGCACAUCAGAGUUCCAUCUGUGGCUGCCUCGUCCAAAACUUUCUCCCCAGCCCUGAUCUGCAUAAUCAAGCUGCGACGCGUCUUAUCGCCCUCGAGAUGGAAAAUCUCCUCCUUGCCGAGACUUGCUUCCCUGCCUGGGAGCGCACUGUUUGAGGAAACCAAAUGAAACUCCGACGUGUUUUUACUAUUACUGCCAGCCCAUCUACGGAGUGGAAUUAAUUGGCAAUUAAUGCUUACACGUGUGCUCCUCAACGCGCUGCCAGAAACGGCCGCGGGUGAGUUCAGAGAACGUCACCUUUUGAACUCGAGCCGAGACGUCUAUCCUGGAGCGCUCAGUGGGUUGUUCAGCGUACCACCCUGUGCGCAAAUGGGGGAAAAACCCCAGCACCCAUCGUUCCCGGUUCCUGGGAUUGGGUCCCGCUGCCGUGGACGUCCUCGAGAUCUGAUGGCUCUCCUCCAACCUCGAUCAGCUCCUGGGAGCUUGGCAAGAGGCCAGUCCUCACAGCUGCCUGACGGCUUCUGCUGACAAGUAUCACAAACGUUGCCUCCCUGACCCACAUUGGCCCCCACACUCUCUCCCCGGCCCCUCCCCGGCCUGCUUGCCAGUUCCCAAGCUCCACCCUGGUUUCUCGGAAUGCGCAAGGUCAAAACCUUUGCAGAGCUAGUUGCUGAGAAGCGGCAGGCCUUGCAAAUAUCGGGGGCAAACAUGGCGGCCGGCGGCGGCCAUGUUUGUUUACAAUGCACCUGUUUUGCAAGCAGGCGUGGGAAUCUAAUUUUAACAGUGAAAAGGGGGGGGGGGUGCAUAGCCUCCAAGUGUCCCGAUUUUCCAGGGAAAGUCCAGGAAUCACAGAAGCCGUCCUAGUUUCUGAUUUGAUCUGGAAAUGUCCCAUUUUUUCCUUUUUCCACAUCUCGGAGAACACGUUAAGAUGGAGAUGGUUGCCAAGUUUCUGCGGCAUGCAAUAAGGAUUUGCGAAUGCUGUACCACAGCAUUUUAAUUGUUAGGUGCCGAUUUUGCCGGGUGAUUUUAUUGCGCUGAAGCUUUCAGAAUUUUGUGGUACCUCGGGUUAAGAACUUAAUUUGUUCUGGAGGUUCGUUCUUAACCUGAAACUGUUCUUAACCUGAAGCACCACUUUAGCUAAUGGGGCCUCCCGCUGCCACCGCUGCACGAUUUCUGUUCUCAUCCUGAAGCAAAGUUCUUAACCAGAGGUAAUAUUUCUGGGUUAGCGGAGUCUGUAACCUGAAGCGUCUGUAACCUGAAGUGUCUGUAACCCGAGGUACGACUGUAUAUGCCAAUAACGAUUUGAGGUUGAGGUGCUCAACAACCUCAAACGACCUUGCUGUGCUAGGUAACCAUUUUGGAAGCCCAGGCAGCAAGCCCAGGUUCAUUCUAAGUCUAGCGGAAAUGUCAGAAGCCACAAUGCCCUGUGUUUGUUUUCCAGACUCUGAUGUCUCUUGUCCGAGAAGCGAUUAAGGCCCAGGUCCAGAGCCUUCACGAUAUCAUCCAGAACGAGAUCCAGGCCACCUUUGAAAUCCUUCAGCUCCGGCUCCAGAAGAAGGCCUUGCUCCUCAACCCGCCUGCCCCUUACCCGCCACCCUACAGCCCUGAUGGGAGGAAGGCCAGCAAGCAGAAGAAGCUGAAGGAGUUAAUAUUGGAGGCUCAGAUUAAGGAGAAGGAGAAGGAGGAGAGGGAGAAGGAGAAGGAGAGGGAGAAGGAGAGAGAGAAGGAGAAGAAGGCGGAGAAGAAGGCGCAGAAGGCGGCGCAGAAGGCUGCGAAAGACGAGAAGUCAAAGAAGAAAAAGAAGUGAGGACGGUGUUCUGGUUCUCCCAGGCAUGUCCUGACAUUCUCAAUCCCAUGCCUGUCUUCUCUUUUUCAGGUCUUCUUCAUCCUCUGGCCUUGAGGAGGAUUCUCAGGGCCACAGUAAAUCUGUGCCUGGGGCUUCCCCACCUCAGACUGCAGGUGGGACCUCACUUUCCUUCAGAUACAUCCCAUAGAAAACUUGCGCGUCAGGGGGGAAGUCCCUUGCCUUCCUCUCUGACACGCUGGAUUUCCAUGGAGAUAAUUUUCUCUCCCUCGUUCACGCGAACCCCUCCAACUUGCAGCCUUCAGCUGUCUCGUCCAAACACGGGUUAACUCCCUCACUGAGAACAAAGCCGAAGUCUCUUUGUUCACAGGGGUAGAGAUUUACAAAGAAACCCAAACAGAUGUGUGCACCUAAAUGUAGAUGCAACAUUCACCAAAACAUCAGAGGUUUUCGUUCCAUCUUUCUCAACAAAAAUUCUUCCUGCCAGGCCUAUGGAAGGAUGAAGAGACUGUUUUGGAUGCUGCAAAGGCGUUCAUCAUGAGCUCCCUCUGUCUUUACUGUUCCAAAUAAACUAAAACAUUUAAUAUUUCUUUCAACUCAA